CCUCAAUAAAUAAACGUUAUCGUUUGUUCAUUUCGGCCAGUAGGCUAAUCUAAUUCACCUGACCUGAACAAAGGCUGCAACGAAGUUUACGUUUGGAGACAGAAGUUGAGCAGACAAGGAGGGACAGGAUGACGAGAAUGGCCUGCGUGGAUCCAAUGGCUGGACGUGGCACGAGGGGCUGUCGCUCCCUCUGUUUCAUCUUCAUCUGUGCCUUUGCCCUGGUAGCGCUGGUGCAGCAGAUCCUUCAUGCGAAGAACCACAUCAAAAUCCAACUGCACGGAGAUGAGGCAAGCAACGGUAGCGGAUUGAACCUGCCAAACAACUCUCCACUGAUGCCUGCCAGGUUUCUGGAGACCUCCCAUGGAGUUUUCGAGUUCAAUUCCACAUCAUGUCAAAUGCUGAGGAAGGAAAUCCUGGAUGUGAAGGUCCUCAGGGUGAAUACUUCAGAGUUGUUUCAGAAAUGGAGAAAUAUGCAGCUGUGCAAGUGGGAGCAGAACAAGGAAGAGACCAUCAACUUCAUGAUGUCUGUGUCUCAGUGCUGUAAUGCAUCCUCCUUCCUGUUCACCACUAAGCGCAAUACGCCAUUAGGCACGAAGCUGGGCUAUGAGGUUGGCGGAACCCUGAACAUCAACCCUGAGAUAUUUGGCAUGUUCCCUGAUGACAUGCCCUAUUCAAGAUCAGCGUUUAAGCGCUGUGCUGUUGUUGGGAAUGGAGGCAUCAGCACAAACAGCAAAUGUGGAAAAGAGAUAGACUCAGCUGACUUUGUCUUCCGGUGCAACAUUCCACCAGUGUCUGCUAAGUACUCUGCCGAUGUGGGGUCGAAGACUGACUUUGUCACCAUCAACCCAAGUAUCAUCAAAGACAAGUUCCAAAGCUUGGAUAGAUGGCGCAGACCUUUCUACGAAGUCCUGAAGUCGUACAAGAAUGCCUCCGUCGUGCUGCCCCCCUUCCACCAGAGGUGGAACACUGGCUUCUCCUUCCGUGCCAAGUACACACUGGAUGACUUCAGGUCACCAGGUAGUGUGCUCUUCUUUCAUCCGCAGUACCUGCACAACGUCACACGCUUCUGGAAGCAGCAGGGAGUGCGCGCCAGCCGCCUGAGUACCGGCCUCAUGCUCGUCACCAUCGCCAUGGAGCUGUGUGAGGAGGUGCACCUCUAUGGCUUCUGGUCCUUCCCCACGAACCCGGAGGGUGCCUCCAUCACACACCACUACUACGACGACGUCAAGGCGAAGCCGGGCCACCAUGCUAUGCCGCUCGAGCUGUUCAAGUUCCUGCACAUGCACACGCGAGGCAUCCUGCACUUGCACACACAGCCCUGCAGCUGAUUGCCCAAAGCACUGAGCGCAAACAUGGGCCAGCAUGGACACACACAGACAGACGGACACACAUACUGUACAUACGCAUGCACAUACAGUGCGGGGAAUAAGUAUUUGAACCCAUGCUAAAGUUGACAAAAAGAGAUAUAAAAUCAUCUUUUGGAAAUUGUGCCUUAAUCAUAAUGCCUUAAUUACAAAAAUGAGUAAAAAUCCAACCUUAAAGGGAUUAUCUGGAGUAAAAUGCACUUUAGAUCAAUUUAUGGAUGAUUGGGAGUACAUACGUUGAGUUGACAUCAAAUCAUGUCAUUCGGAUGUGUUUUGAGAGAGUUUUUAGCCAAAACUCGUUAGCCUGGAAGUGACCCGGGCAUGUCCUUUCGCCGUUACAAAACACUAUUUUUAUACCUCUUCUACUGUUCCAAACAACAUUACACUUAUGUGGUAGUGAGUAGAGGGUCCCUAAAGCCAAACUGAAGUAUCCCGAGGUCUUUAUGUGGUCAGAUAGAGAGUCCAGAAUGAAUUUAAUCAAGCCAGUACCUCUCCGGAAAUGUCGCUGCUGCAGCUGGGGAACACUUUAGCAACACUUCAGCAACAUUUCCGGUAAGGUACUUGUUAACUGAAAUAUAACAUGUUGUAUUUUCUAUGAAAUGGCCUAGGGACUUUUACUGUGACGGAAACACCUAGGGACUUUUGUGUAGGAACGGAUGUUGAGU